UAAACAAAACCGCGUCAAACAACACAGUUGCAAGAAAUCGUGCGCGAAUGCCCGUAAUUUUGCUGAUUUCAGCGAUACAUUCCGCACAUUUCCGCUGUAUUUUGCAGUUUCUUAAGAAACUGUCCCCGUGUCCGACCGUCGGAUUCACCGUAACCCAGUGCCCAUGGAGGAAUGCAAAACGACACGCUGGUUUCUGAAGCGCCUGCACCAGAAUGAGUUCAAAAUUGUCAACAUCGGUUCCAACACGGACAUCAGCCGGUCGCUGCGGUCCGUCAUCAAGCUGGACAAGAAAUCGUUCCAACACAUUAGCAAGAUCCACUGCAGCAUCAGCUGCCGGAACGGAGUGGCCACCCUCACGGAUGAAUCGUCCUCAACGGGAACGUACGUGAACGAACGGAUGUUCAGCAAGCAUAAUCCUGGGUCGGUUGAGCUGGCGGAAGGUGACCUGAUUGGUAUCGGAACGCCAUGCAACAAGGACCAACGCUACUACGAGAUAAAUAGUCAGGUGCUGCUGUUUCAGCUGUGUCGCGAUCGGAACCGGCCCGUUGUGGAAGAAGUUGAGACGCUCGUCAGUGAUGACGAAGAGAUGGAGGAGAAAAAGCCGGAGAUCGUCGCGGGAGUAGUCGCGAAGGCGGCGGAGAAGGAGGUUCCACAGCGGGAUGAGCGGAAGUUUAGAAUUCUGCAGAAGAUCGAUUUGUCGUCAGAUGAGGAUGACGAAGAUCGAGUAAAGACGACUGUAUUGCCGGUAAUUGUUAAGGUUGAAGGUGGUGUGGCAGGUUCCAACGACGGCAACAGAAAGAGCACUUCCAGUGAAGAUAGUGGAAUUGGGGUGUUCCGGAAGCCGGCGACUCCUCCUGUCAGCUACACGGUCAUAUCCGACGACGAAGCCGACCAGCCUGAGCCACCUCCGCAACAAGUCAGAACGGAAUCGCCAGAAACAAUCGAUCUUGUACAGCAGGACAAGAUGGUGGAACUGUUUCAAAACUCGUACAACAUGGUCACGGACGAACAAGUGGGCGUGAUUGCCAUUAGCGACAGUGAGGACGAAGCCGACGAGGAGGACUUUAGCGAGCAGCGGAUGACCCAGAGUUUCUACCGGAGGAUCAAGCAGGAGGCGCAAGAAGUCGAAAUGGAACCCGAACCGGAUCCUCAGGAAGAGGAGUUGUCAGCGGAAAAGGUUGCGACUUCGGCUGGGCCUGGACCGGUCGUGCUCGCAUCGGACAAGCCAACGGUUUACAGUUUGAGUGACUCGGAGGACGAGGACGAAGAGGAAACAUCGUUGGCUCGGCAGUGGUGCCGAAAGUUGUCCCAGCGCAUUUCACCGGUUAGGAAUAAGGUCACACCAAAGGUGGAACCCGCACCAGAACCAGAAGCGUCGGCCACAAAGCGAACCUUCAGUGAGAUGAAUCUCGCAGGAAUUGAGCCAAUUGAGGACCCGAACGAAAUGUUCGCAGUGUUGUGUGAAGAGUUGCACCAGCUGAUCGACACAGAGGUGACCGCGAAGAGCAUUCGCGCCGAACCUCCGGAGUCGAAGCGAAGAAAGUCAUCCGAAACACAGCCUGAACCUUCGCCUCCGCCGGCCAAACUUACUACGGACAAGGUCACGUCACCGGCAUCGCACGAGAAAAACUCCAGCAGCGCGUCCAACGCGUGGAUCAGCAAAAAAGUGCCAAUGGUCGAGCCUCACCACAUCCAAAAGUAUCGGAAAAACCAAAGCUCAGCAAAGCCCCACGAACAUAUCCGAUCGUCGUCGUCGUCGUCUUGCAGCAAAAAGCACCACAAACCGGACAAACACUCGAAGCACUCUUCCGCUGCAUCGGUCCAACGGGGUGACGGUGACGUGAAAGAAGCUAGAAAGCAGAAACUCAAAGAACUUCAGCUCAAGAACGCACAAUCCAGCGAUUCCUCCGGAAGUACAAAAACAGCAACCAAACCAAAGGUCAAAUUCACCCCGUCCAAUCGUGGUGCUUUCCUCACGGCAAACAUCAGCGUCCCACCGAAGUUGGCCGGCAGUUCGCGUGAAUCCGUGCCACAAUUCGACGACGAUAACAUCGUUUGUACGCAAUCUACCGCUCUGGACAUGGUUCUGCCGGUGGCCCAGGAAGUUGCGGACACCCCGGUGACGAGAGCUCCAAAACUCACCUUCGACAACGUGGCCAAAGUAAGUCGAGUGGCGCAAAACGCACCAGUAUUCAAGAUUCCAAAGCGACGACCUUCCGUGUCGCAAAGACCAACCGAAACAAGUAUUAGCACCAUCCUUAAGAGCAUUCCGGACACCCCGGCCAUACCAGCACCAGCACCAAAGAAACCCACUACUCCAGUCGAAAUUGACGAGUUACCAAUGCCAGCCGGCCCGCUGCCACCGUGGCCAUCUUCAACGCCAACUUUUGGGCUCAAAUCAAUCCUCCAAUCUCCGGUCGGUCUCCACAGGAAGGCGCGCAAAAAACGCGUCACCUGGAAGGACCAAGCCCUGGUCGAAACGCGCGAGUUCCAAAUCGACGAGGGCAACUCCUUCGUCGUGCAAACCCGAUACUGCAAGGAGCAGGACCUGUUCUGCGACAUGUCGCUCGUUACCAACAACCAGAACGACAUCAUCCGCGAGAUAACCGGCUGGGAUGCGCACUGGUUCGAUCAUCCGGAGCAGGCCAACGUCACCGGCGGGCUGCUGCUGCCCAUGGUCGAGCAGUAUGCGAGCUUCGAGGACUACAAGCGCAUCGUGAUGCCGAUCCUGAAGCUGGAACUGUUCCACGACAUCAUGGGCCAGUACGGCGAGCAGAAGAAGAUCGCCCAGAAGCCGCUCCAGAUGAAGAUGAACCAGGUGCGGGCGCAGGGCCAGACGUUCGUGCUGAACUGUAGCGUGGAAAGCAACAACCAUCAGUCGAUCAACAACAAGGACUACGUGCUAAUUUACAUGACGGAGAAAACCACCGGCAAACAGUUUCGAGUAGCGGCGGUAGUGACCACACGCCGUCAGCAGGUGCAGUAUGCCGCCGAGAACGGACUCAAGUUCUUCCACUGCUCGCUGGAAACCGCGCGAACUCCAAUGUCUCAGCGAAUACGCGAGGGCACCGUGGAGAACUACCAGAUACUAUCGCUAACGCAGAUCAACCUGCACAUGCGACAGUUCCAGGUGCUGCUGAACCUGGAGCACUCGCCCCUGCUGGACAACAUCCUGUCGCCGCGGAGCAACUUCUACAACAGCCGCACGCCGGAGGACCGGGCCAAAUACAAGGGAAAGGUAAGUUGUGGCACCAACUGGGAGCAACAGUAUCCUCGCGCGUACCAAGAACUAACGACCAAUAUCCGAAAGGAGGGACUCAACCGCGAACAGGGCGACAUCCUGCUGAGCGUGUUCGGCCACUGCCUGGACGCGAACCGGCCGCACAUCAUGCUGAUCCAGGGACCACCCGGAACGGGCAAGUCUCGCCUGAUUAGCAACCUGGUGCUGCAGCUGCACCGAGGCGUCCCGAACGCGUCCCGCCGGAUGAAGAUACUUAUUUGUGCCCAGUCCAACACCGCCAUCGACGUGAUCGUGCUGAAGCUGAUCAAGCUGUUCCGGUUGCUCAGUAAGGACGAACAGGGCAACAUGCUGCGCACGGGGACGGCCAACAAGGUGAACGCGGAGUGCAAGAUGGUGUUUUUGGAUGCGCUGGCACGGAGGCACGUCAACGAGCUCAUCAAGUGUCGCAAGUUGAGGGACGAGGAUCCCAGCUUUGAGACGUUUUAUCUAGAGAGAGAGACUUUGGAGCGCAAGCUGCGGACCCUCGAGAAUCGGACGACUCAGAAUGGAAAGCUGGCCCAGAACAGUAUAAUGUUAGACGAGAUCACGAAGUUGCGUGACCGGCUGGAGCUAAUCAAACGGGUACUGCCGGAUAACGUGGACAACAUGGAUCUGCAGGAUAAGGAACGCUGGGGAAUGGAGUCACGCGCCAAAAAGCAACUUAUAUCGAAAGCGGACAUUAUCUGUACGACGCUCGGCAGCUGUGGCGGGCUCUUCGAUUACUAUCAAUCGCUCAAGUUUGACGUGUGCAUCAUCGAUGAAGCGACGCAGUGCACAGAGAUAUCUUCCUUUACACCCCUGCAGUACGGAAUUAAAAAGUUGAUCCUGGUCGGAGACGUCAAGCAACUGCCACCGUUUGUGUUCAGCCGAGAGUGCGCGGAGGCUGGCUUGAAGAACUCACUCUUUGCCAGAAUCCAACAGUCGUUCGUUGGAACGAACCUUGAAGGGGUGAAAAUGCUCACCACCCAGUACCGGAUGCAUCCGGAGAUUGUCAAGUGGCCCAACGAGUACUUUUACGAGGGCAAACUCAAGAGCAAUCCCGACGCAACCAAAUGCGACGGAUUCCCAUUUAAACCGUACACGGUAUUCGGCCUCGAAUACUCUCAGAACAUGACCCAAAGCGCACACCAAAUUUACAACCACGAAGAGAUCGAGUUUGUUUUAAAACUUCUCACGGAAAUCAUGCAGUGCUGCCAUCGGCACACCACAAUCGCCAUAAUCACGCCGUACACGCGCCACAAGCGGGAGAUCGAGAAAUUCCUCGCAGCCAAGAAAAUCACCCAAGUUUCGGUGCUCUCGAUCGACUCCGUCCAGGGGCAGGAGUACGACGUCGUCAUAAUCUCGCUGGCCCGGUCCGUCGGAACCGGCUUCCUCGGGAGUCCGCAACGGCUGAACGUGGCACUGACGCGAGCCAGAAAGUGCCUCAUACUGUGCGGGAACUUUGCCGAUCUUAAGGACAACAACCAGAUGUGGUCAUCGCUGCUGCAGGACGCGGAACAGCGCAAGCUGUACUACCACAUCGCGGACGACGAUGAGUACGAUGACGUGAACACGUUCGUCAGCAAGAUCAUGCAAAAUCUCAAAAAGUAGUUUUGUAACUGUGAGACUGAGAUUAUUCGCAACAAGUUAUUUUAUGGAGUUUAGAGUUAUAACGACAUGUUACGUUUUGCUAUGAUUUUUCUUUGCUGUUAUUAUUAAGAAAUUGUCGGAAAACAGAAGGUACCUAGUAUGUUUAUACUACGCUGAAUUAGAAUAGCGAAUCAAAUACAGUUUUUUUACUCGUA